UCCCCUCCCCCCAGGAGGGAGGAGGAGACUCCGCGGCCCUCCCUCGGCCCCUCCAGCGGCGGUCGCCGCUGCACUGUGCCCGCUCCACCCCGCCGCGGCGGCUCGGACGGCCGGAGCCCGCGGGUCUCGGCCCGAGAUCCGAGGAGGCGUCCUCCACCCUGUGGCCCGGAGAGAAGCGGGUCGCGGCGCCAUCAUGCACAGUGGUAUCGCGUCCGCCGCGGAUCCCCGGAGCCGCCCCUGAGCCCGGCCGCGAGUUCGAGCCCAGGGCCCGCCCGGCCGCACCAUGAGCCACGGGCCCAGCCCCCGGCUGGCCGAAUCCCCGCAGCUGUCCAAGGGUAGCCUCCUGACCAUCCUGGGCAGCCCAUCGCCGGAGCGCAUGGGGCCUGCCGACUCCCUGCCGCCCACGCCGCCCAGCGGCACGCCCUCGCCCGGGCCGCCCCCCGCGCUGCCCCUGCCCCCCGCGCCCGCGCUGCUGGCCGACGGCGACUGGGAGAGCCGCGAGGAGCUGCGGCUGCGGGAGUUGGAGGAGGCGCGGGCGCGGGCGGCGCAGAUGGAGAAGACCAUGCGCUGGUGGUCGGACUGCACUGCCAAUUGGCGCGAGAAGUGGAGCAAGGUGCGCGCUGAGCGCAACCGCGCGCGCGAAGAGGUGCGCCAGCUGCGCCAGCGCCUGGACGCGCUCACCAAAGAGCUGGCGGGCGCACGGCGCGAGCGCCAGGAGGCACAGGGAGAGUGCGAGGCACGGGGCCGCGAGCUGGCGCGGCUGAGGGGCGCCAGAGGCGUCGCCGACCAGAUGCGCGACGGCCCCGAGCCGGAGGCGGAGCGCGAGCCAGUGCGUGACGUCGGAUCCGAGAGGCCGCCCAGCAGCCAGGAACUGGAGCUGGUGGAGAGCCUGCUGAAGAGCAUGCCGGAGGAGUCUGAGGACUGCUGGGAGGCACGCAGCGUUGGGGCCGGGGGCCCGCGGGGCAGCUCAGGCCGCCAGGAGCGGAGCCGGCUGCCCUGGGAGGACACAGCUGCCACAGAGGAGGAGGCCUCCAAGUUGACUGCCCUGCGGCUACGACUGGAUGAGUCCCAGAAGGUGCUGCUCAAGGAGCGAGAGGAUAAACUGGCAUUGAGCAGGAACAUUGAGAAGCUAGAGGGGGAGCUCAGCCAGUGGAAGAUCAAGUAUGAGGAGCUGAGCAAGACCAAGCAGGAGAUGCUCAAGCAGCUCAGCAUCCUGAAGGAGGCGCACCAGGAUGAGCUGGGCCGCAUGUCUGAGGACCUGGAGGAUGAGCUCGGUGCACGCUCCAGCAUGGACCGGAAGAUGGCCGAGCUGAGGGGCGAGAUGGAGCGGCUGCAGGCCGAAAAUGCCGCGGAGUGGGGCCGCCGGGAGCGGCUAGAGACAGAGAAACUGGGCCUUGAACGGGAGAACAAGAAGCUGCGGGCACAGGUCGGGGACCUGGAGGAGGCGCUGGCCCGGCGGCGGCGGCAGACAGCCAGUGCACUGGACUGUGACCUGAGGGCCAGCCAGGCCGCACUCUUCGAGAAGAACAAGGAGCUGGCAGACUUGAAGCAUGUGCAUGGCAAGCUGAAGAAGCAGUUCCAGGAGAAGGUGGCAGAGCUGGCACAUGCCAACCGGCGGGUGGAGCAGCACGAGGCCGAGGUGAAGAAGCUGCGGCUUCGGGUGGAGGAGCUCAAGAAGGAGCUGGCCCAGGCUGAGGACGAGCUGGACGAGGCCCACAACCAGGCACGUAAGCUGCAGCGGUCGCUGGACGAGCAGACGGAGCAGAGCGAGAACCUGCAAGUGCAACUGGAGCACCUGCAGUCCAGGCUCCGCAGGCAGCAGCAGAACGCUCCCCUCUUCGGGAAGAUCCGCAGUGCUCGCUUUGGCACCGAGGAGGCCGGGGAUGGAGCCAGCGACCUGGACGAGGACGAGGACCUGCAAAUCCAGGUGGCCUAGAGCUUCCUGUGGCUGGCAGGAUGGGCUGUCCCACACCUGCCCAGGGUCCAGGCUAACCAGCCACUCAAACUGAUGCAGCGCCUAGGCUCACUCUGGGACCAGUCCCUGCCACAGCCGACUUUCUUCUCUCCCGGAGAUGGUGUCAACAGUCCCACCUAUAAACGCCCUGUGGAAAGGAAGCCUAUGUCAUAUAUAUAUAUAUAUAUAUAUGUAUCUCCAGGAGUCUUUGGACCCAUUUGGUUUUAUAAAUACAGGACAGCUCCAAGGCCCAGUCCAGGUGACCUCACCCACCCAGGACUUCAUGCAGGGCUGGGCAUGUUGGGGGAGGUUGUUGGAGCCCCAGCCUGGGCUGCCUCUCUAGGCUUCGCUGUUCAUCAUACAAUGCAGUGAACCCAGUUCUUUGUAAUAAAUGAAGUUCAAGUUC